GGCCUAGAAUUUGAGCUUCGACACCCUCGACCUUCCUCGACCCCCCCUGCUCCCCUCGGCCACCAGGCCCCGACCCUGAUCUCCCAUACCCCCUCCCGCACAGCGCCCGCUCGAGGGAGGCGCGCGGCGCGCGGGGCCUUGCCGUCCGCCCCGCGUCCAGCGGUGGCAGCGGCGGCGGGCCGCGCCGCGUUGCCACCGCGAGCGGCGCUGCCGGGGCCAUGGCGGAGGAGUUCGCGAAGUUCAAGCGCUUCGAGUACCGCACCAACUCCAACCUGGUUCUGCAGCGAGAAGGUGCCGCUCCGUCGCAGAAUGAGCCGACCGGAGAGCCCGAGUCGCUGCGCGGCAGGGUCUACAACAAGAUGGGCGACCUGGUGCAGUACGAGAAGCCCAAGGAGCUCGAGGAGCUGAAGGAGAAGAAGAAAAGGAAACAGGAGGAGCGAGCCAAGGCGGGCGAGUCCGUCGUGCAGAAGAAGGCGAAGAUGGACAUCCUGAAGGGCGAGACUGUGCUGAGCACGGACGUGACGGAGAUGCAGAUCUACCGGCCUCGUACCCAGCAGACGAAGGCCGUCUACGAGCAGUUGUUGAAUCGCCUUCAGCAGCCUCUCGGCGACCAGGCGCCAGACGUCCUUCGGGGUGCCGCCGACGAGGUGCUCGCGGCCAUCAAGACGGACGGUGUGUUGGAUUCCGAGCGCAAAAAGGACGUGGAGGACGGUGCGCAGGGGCAGGGGCAAGGGCAAUGUUAGGGUCCGAGUCGCCCAUUGAUCGCCGGCAGGGG